CUAGACAUUAUCUAAUUUGUUAGUGAAAAAAGUGUUUAACACAAUCUGUUGUGGGUUGUUAUAGUGUUGUCUUAAUAAUAAUUAAUAUGGCUAGUUCCACAAAACCUAUUGUUGUAGAAGAAGUAACUACUUUUAGAAGAAGCCAAGUUCCUCUUGAAGUUUGCAUCUUGCUUGAAAUUCCUCAAAGACGAAAAACCACCGAUGUCGCAUUUCUUGUGUUGUUUGGAAUUAGCGUUGUUGUUUUGCUAUCGCUAAUGAUCUAUGCUCUAUGUAAUUCAAAUAUGGACAGAUUUAUACACGGUUACGACAAAUGUGGGAAUUUAUGUGGGUCAAAAAAUGAAAAAGUAGAUGGAAUUUCUUGUUCAGGGCAAGACAUGACCAAUAAACCACUCUUGCUAUAUGAAAGGACACUCGUCUAUGACUCUUAUUAUGACCGAAACGAAUAUGUGUAUAAACCUGACAGAUGUGUGGACAAAUGUAACAACAGCUACGUAAUAGAGUUUCAUCGGUGUUUUCCGGGAGAAAAUGGCGAAAUAGAAUUCUUUCCCGAUAAAGUCAACUCAAUUCAAGAUGAAUCGGGUAGUCUGACAGGCAUUUGUUUCAUUGGAUUAGGUUUAUCAAUUGUAGCUUUGCUGGUAUUCCGUUACUUUGUCAAGCAAUUGGUAUGGGGUAUGAUAAUCGGUAUUAUAUUACUAUGGUUUACAAUUACUGGCUUUAUUUGGUAUGAUUACAGCGAUAGUGGUGAUGAAGGUUCGUUAUAUGUUGCUAUAACUUUUACAAUAAUAGGAAUUAUCGCGUUGUUUUGUAUUUGGUCACUGAUUGAUAGAAUCAAGUUAAUAAUAUUUUUUUUCGAAGAAGCUGCCCGGAGUGUGUUUGCAAUGCCUUUACUCCUGUUAGAACCUUUCUUGACUUUUGUUAUAAAUUUUCUACUUAUGGUAAUAUUCCUAUACACAUUUGUAUUAAUGGCGAGUUCGGGUACUCUACAAAGAGAUGAAGUGAACGACAGAUACGUAUAUAUGCCUAAUGGUGCUAUGACUUUUGUUUUGUGGUGGAAUCUGUUUAUGAUGAUAUGGACGCUUUUGUUCAAUUUAGCAUGUCAGCAAAUGGUUAUAUCAGGUGCUGUAUCUACUUAUUACUUUACCAGAGACAAAGCACUAGUCGUGUCCCCAAUUUACAACAGCUUCUAUAAUUUAAUUCGUUACCAUCUUGGUACAGUGGCAUUUGGGUCACUUAUAAUAACAAUAAUUACUAUACUGAAAUCCAUAACUAGAGCACUGGCAACACAAAAUCGCUGCAUGCGUCUUUUAUAUUAUUACUGUUUAAAACCUCUAGAAGACUUACUAAAAUAUGUCACUUCAAUGGGAUAUAUCGAAACUGCUAUUCAUGGACAACCUCUUUGUCGAUCAAGUUUUCGUGCUAUUGAUCUGAUCAUUUCAAACUUCUUAAGUGCCAUUGUAAUGAAUGCAAUUGGCAAUUUUGUGUUUUUUAUGCUUAAACUAGUAGUGGUUGUGGCAACUGUCGUCAUCGGUAUAGUAAUGAACUUAUCGGUAAUUAAUAUAAUAUUGGGAGGCCUAGUCGCUUGGUUAUGUGUCCAUUGCUUUUUUGUGGUUUUCGAGAUUGCUGUUGAUACCAUUUUUCUUUGUUAUUGUGAAGAUCAGUGCAUAAAUGACGGAACUGAGAACAAUGCAUAUUAUGCAACAUUGGAACUUCACAAUCAAAUUAGGAAAGCACAAUCAUUUACUUUGGCAAAAGAAAAGAAGUCCAACUAGUAACAUAAUAUACUUACCCGUUUAAGUACCUCCAUCAAAUUUAAUAUGCCUUAAUUAAAUGAAACUCAGUUAUUCUGUUCUUAAUAAACUCAU